GAGAGGCUGUGAGGGUGGAGAGUGCCCCAUGUCCCCGGAGAGCGCUGUAGCAGCACAUAAUCCUGUUAAAAUAUUAAUCCUCAUUCAAGGCGGCUGCUGAGAUAAAGCCCUGAGAAGCGAUAAAGGUCCAGGGCCAUUGAUACAGGGACCUUCGAGCUGAUAAACCUGAUAACCCCGCCAUCGGGACAGCAGGCCCGUCCCAGCCUCCGUGGGGGAGGGGGGGCGGGGGGCUCCUAAUCCCUCCCAGGCUGAAGCACCCCAGCUGACCCUGCUCCCCUCACCAGCCCAGGGCCGCACGGUGGCCGCCCAGCCCGAGCGAGCCCUGUUUGUAGGAUGUCCUGCUGCACAGCCCAGGAGAGCAGGGUCCGUCAGGGGCGGCCCCGGGUGGGCCUGCUCAUCUCACCCUGUGUUCUUUCGCUCACGCAUUCAAGGGUCCUGCCAUGCCUACUGUGCGCCGGGCACUGUGCCAGGAGGCGGGGCCCAGCGUCCCUCGCGGAGACGACCGCGUGGCGGCUCCUUCGCACCAGGUGACACCAUCACCCCAGCCGCUCCGUGGGAACUGGACAUCCCCGAGCUGCUCUCUUUCCUUGGCUCCCACGGCCCCCACCGUGUCUGGGCCACGGCCACGGCCUGAGGACGGCACCACCACUCGCCGCCCAGCACCCAGCCCACUCCUGCCUCCUGCCCCACCCUGCCCUGCAACGGGCUGCCCCUCUAUGUUAGACCCGCGGUGCCAGGGCCCUGCUUGCCCACUGCAGGGCUACGGACGCGGACUGCACACCAUGGCCUCGGCCCCCAGAACCACCCUCUCAGGAGGCCCUGCCCGCCGCCCACCAGCCAGAUGGACGCAGUCAGGAGCACGCCUGCCUCCCUCACCGCGGGGUCCCCAGAACUUAGAGCAGUGUCUGGUACAGAGAGCAGCUCCAUCAGGAGGCACACGCCCGGCACCGGCGCCUCAGACAACCCACCAUGAGCCACCCGGCCGCCCUCCUGGCCGUGGCCGUGGCCCUGGCCGCCCUGCUCGCUCCGGGGGCCGGGGUGCCCGUGGGCCGGCAGGGCUCCCGGCACAAGCUGCUCCUGGUGUCCUUCGACGGCUUCCGCUGGAACUACGACCAGGACGUGGACACCCCCAACCUGGACGCCAUGGCGCUGGACGGCGUGAAGGCGCGCUACAUGACGCCCCCCUUCGUCACCAUGACCAGCCCCUGCCACUUCACCCUGGUCACCGGCAAGUACAUCGAGAACCACGGGGUGGUGCACAACAUGUUCUACAACACCAGCAGCAAGCUCAAGCUGCCCUACCACGCCACGCUGGGCGUCCAGCGCUGGUGGGACAACGGCAGCGUGCCCAUCUGGAUCACCGCCCAGAGGCAGGGGCUCCCAAGGCCGGCUCCUUCUUCUUCCCCGGCGGCAACGUCACCUACCAAGGCACGGCCGUGACGCUGAGCCGCAAGGAGGGCAUCCUGCACAACUACAAGGACGAGGCGGAGUGGAGGGCCAACGUGGACACGGUGAUGCGCUGGUUCACGCAGGACGGCCUGGACCUGGUCACGCUCUACUUCGGGGAGCCCGACUCCACGGGCCACAAGUUCGGGCCCGAGUCCCCGCAGAGGAAGGCCAUGGUGCAGCAGGUGGACCGGACGGUGGGCUACCUACGCGACAGCAUCCGGCGCAGCGGCCUGGAGCGCAGCCUCAACCUCAUCAUCACGUCCGACCACGGCAUGACCACCGUGCACAAGAAGGCCGGCGACCUGGUGGAGUUCCACAAGUUCCCCAACUUCACCUUCAAGGACAUCGAGUUCGAGCUCCUGGACUAUGGGCCCAACGGGAUGCUGCUCCCCAAGGAGGGGCAGCUGGAGAAGGUGUACGAGGUGCUCAAGGACGCGCACCCCAAACUCCACGUCUACAAGAAGGAGGACUUCCCCAAGUCCUUCCACUACGCCAACCACCCCCGGAUCACACCCCUGCUCAUGUACAGUGACCCUGGCUACGUCAUCCAUGGGAGGGUGAACGUGCAGUUCAACAACGGGGAGCACGGCUUCGACAACACGGACCUGGACAUGAAGACCAUCUUCCGGGCGGUGGGCCCCAGCUUCCAGCGGGGCCUGGAGGUGGAGCCCUUCGAGAGCGUCCACGUGUACGAGCUGCUGUGCAAGUUGCUGCGCAUCGUGCCCGAGGCCAACGACGGGGACCCCCGCGCCCUGCUGCCCAUGCUCACGCCCGAGGAUGAAGGGGGCCCUAGCACCCCGUCCACCACCACCCACUCAGGGUCUGCCCCCCUGGCUGGCGGCUGCCCCGCCCUGAUGACAGGCCUGCUGGUGGCUGCAGUUCUCCUGGCCAAGGUCGCAUAAUGCCCAUCCCUCAAGCGACCCGUCCUCACCCCCCACCCUCUGCCAGGAAGCC